CCUAGUGUUCCUUGUUAGUGAAAGCAGGGACCUCUCCUCUGCUGCACAGUGAGUCCCUCCAUCAGCUCUCUUUCACCAUCACUCCAUCUGAUCCUCAGAUUCACUGCUGCGCGCCUGAACCCUCCCUGCCAUGUCUGACAACGAGGAAGUGGUGGAGGAAUAUGAGGAGGAGGUGGAAGAAGAGGAGGCUACUGAAGAAGCCGUGCAGGACGAGGACAAUCCUGUUGCAGAGGAGGAGGCCAACGAAGAACAAGAUGGAGAAGGGGAAGCAGAGGAGGGAGAAGAGGAGGAGGCCAAACCAAAAUUCAAGCCAUUUAUCAUGCCCAACCUCAUCCCUCCUAAGAUUCCAGAUGGAGAGAAGGUGGAUUUUGAUGAUAUACAUCGUAAAAGGAUGGAGAAGGACCUGAUGGAGCUUCAGACUUUGAUUGAGGUCCACUUUGAGAGCAGAAAGAAGGAAGAAGAGGAGCUCAUUAAUCUCACGGAGAGGAUUGAGAAGCGGCGUUCUGAGCGAGCAGAGCAGCAGAGGAUCCGCAGUGACAGAGAGAAAGAGCGACAGAAGCGUCUUGAGGAGGAGAGAGCUCGUAAGGAGGAGGAGGAGGCCAAGAAGAGAGAGGAUGAUGCGAAGAAGAAGAAAACCCUCACCAGCCUCCACUUUGGAGGCUACAUGCAGAAGUUGACAGAAAAACGGAGUGGUAAGAGGCAGACAGAGAGAGAGAAGAAAAAGAAGAUCCUGAGUGACAGACGCAAACCUCUGGACAUCGAGAACUUGAGCCAGGAAAGACUUAAGGAGAAAGCUAAAGAGCUGUGGGAGUGGAUGUACCAGCUGGAGGCAGAGAAGUUUGAACUGCAGUAUCAGCUCACCCAACAGAAAUAUGAGAUUAAUGUGCUGAGGAACCGUGUCAGCGACCAUCAGAAAACAUCCAAGAGGACCAAGCGAGGCCUGAGGAAAUAGACGCUGACGUGUUGAGUGAGCAGUGUAAUGAUCAGCUCCAUCCUGCAGCUGUUGCCUCAAACAAUGCCCUGGGUUUUUUGUUUUUUUUGCCACACCCCAAUCCCCGUUUCCCUAAUACCAUCACCUACAGUUCCAAUAAUAUACAGUUUUUCAUCUCACUCCGUAGUUUUCCAUAUUCCCAUCCUUUGAAUUAAGACUGUGUUUAAGGGUGUAAAUAAAACCAUCUAAGUUCAA